AGAAAUCAACAACGUGGUUUUCUUGAUAACUGUCAUAAUGGCAAAAACAAAAAGAAAGGAAAAGAAGGAGGAUACAAUAAAUAGAAGCUCACAUAGCAUGAAUCCAGAUCGUGCUAAAGGUGCAGGAGGAAACAACAUGCGAGACAAAGCUACAAUUAAAAGACUGCAGAUGUACAGAAACUUUAAAGCAAAGAGGGACAGAACAGGAAAGAUAAUAAAAGCUGCACCGUUCCAAUCAAGAUUAUCAUCUGGAAGCAUGGCUAGGGUAGAACCAAACAGAAAAUGGUUUGGUAAUACAAGGGUGAUAACUCAGAAUGCUCUACAGACUUUCCAAGAAGAGAUGGCUAAAGUCAGGAAUGACCCCUAUAAAGUUGUUAUGAGACAGACAAAGCUGCCAAUCACACUGCUUAAUGAAACAGCAAAGUAUGCAAAAGUCCACCUCCUAGACACAGAAGGGUUUGAGACAACAUUUGGUAAAAAAGCUCAAAGGAAGAAACCAAAACUCAGAACUGCAGACAUGCAGGCAUUGGUUGAACAAGCCAUGACCGCCACAGAAGGCUACUCAGCUGAUAAGGACCGUGACCUUGUCACAGAGGCUCCAGAGUUCAAGGACGAGCAACCAGAGGUCAUUUUCAAGGCUGGUCAGUCAAAGAGAGUGUGGGGAGAGUUGUAUAAGGUGAUAGACUCCUCUGAUGUGGUGGUACAGGUUCUGGAUGCUCGGAAUCCUCUCGGGACCCGCUGUUACCAGAUAGAGAGAUACAUGAAGAAAGAAAAACCUCACAAGCACCUCAUCUUUGUACUCAAUAAAGUGGACCUGAUACCAGUAUGGGUCACACAAAAGUGGGUAGCAAUUCUCUCUCAGGAGUAUCCAACAAUGGCCUUCCAUGCCAGCAUUACAAACCCAUUUGGAAAAGGAGCACUUAUAAAUCUACUUCGUCAAUUUAGUCAGCUGCACACAGAUAAGAAGCAGAUCAGUGUUGGAUUUAUAGGCUAUCCUAACGUCGGGAAAAGUUCCAUCAUCAACAGUCUGAGGGCAAAGAAAGUCUGUAAAGUGGCUCCCAUAGCAGGCGAAACAAAGGUCUGGCAGUAUGUUACUCUGAUGAAGAGGAUUUACCUGGUGGACUGUCCAGGUGUAGUGUACCCCACAGCUGCCACGCCCACCGAGUCAGUCCUCAAAGGAGUGGUAAGAGUUGAGCUGGUUAAGAGCCCUGAGGACUAUAUUCCAGCAAUGUUAGAAAGAGUGAAACCAGAAUACAUCAAAAACACGUACAAAGUGGAGGACUGGAAAAGUGCUGAGGAUUUCCUAGAGCAGAUUGCCAGAAAGUCGGGAAAACUUCUCAAGGGUGGAGAACCAGAUUUGGGAACUGUGGCCAAAAUGGUGUUGAAUGAUUGGCAGAGAGGAAAAAUCCCUUAUUUUGUCAAACCUCCAGGGUGUGAGAAUGAAGAACCAGGGAGUUCAGAAGAUCAAAGUAAUGAAAACCACACUACAGAGAAAGUAACAGAGGAGGAGACUGUAAGCCCUACAGACAAGAAAAAGCAGCCUGCUGUUCAACAGAACCUGAGUAAAAUUCAAGUGGAGCCCAAGUUUCUGGAAGAGGACAUCAAGAAAGUGGAAGACGUGGAGGGCAAAGAUGAUUCUGACCUUGAGGCUGAGGCCAAGGUCAGUGAAGGGGAAGAAGAGGUCACCGAGGAGCAACAAAAAGAAAAGAAAUCCACAAAAAAGAAAAGGAAGGGAAUUAAAACAGACAGCAAAAAAGAUGUGGAUGUGUCAGACAUUAAAGAAACAGAGAAAGUUGAACUGAGAGAUAGUGAAUGUGUGUCUGACAGGUUACAACCAGGUGAGGAAGGGACAGGAAAUGCGGUGAAGGUCAAGGGGAGUAAGAGGAAGGCAGAGGAGGGGGAACCAGACCAGGCAAAGGUUACCCACUCCACCAGUGGAAAAUUCACCGUCAGCAAUGAUGGACAGCAGAACCAAAAGAAAAUGAAGUCAGGGAAUAAGAGACAACCGAAACACAGAGAUAUCCAGGCUGAAGAGAACGACUCUCCACAGUCCAAGCUUACUAGUAAACAGAAGCGAAGAUUAGAAAGAGAAGCUCGAACUAAGAAGAUUGGAACUCACUUUUACACAACAACAAAUGUUAAGAAUAAGAGGAGGUGAUCUUUAAUGUAAUAUAAUACAUUGAACUCGAGAUUGUUACAUAUACUGAUUUUAUAAUAGAAAAUGCAAUAAAAUGGCAUGAAAUUUAAACAA